GUACAUUACAGUAAGGUAGCUGUGACGCUGUGUAGUCUCAUGUCUCUGUGUUGAAUCCUAUUACAGAGGAUUGUGGGGGAUAAGAUGUCUGCUCAGGACUCUGACACACUGUCGCUUUCCUCUAGAAGACAGAGAGAGAAGCACACACACACACACCUUACACACACACACACACAGAGAGAGAAGCACACACAUUUCACACACACAGGGAGACUCACACACACAAAAAAAACAUAUUUCCAACACUCACUCAGCCUGCUGCUUUUCCAAUAAGGAGUUGUCGCCGUCCACAGAAAGUGAGGCCAGUGAGGAUGCUGUCAUGAGGAGAGGAGGGUGGCCGGUGAAUGGAGGCAGUUUCUCUCCCUGUCCCACUGCACUCCAAGAAGUUUGUCUCCCUGCUGGUCUCUCUGUCUGGAGGGAAUAAGAGCCAAGCAGAGCUGGACUGCAUGGGACCACAGCUAGCCUGGAUGGCUCUGGGUGCAACUGGACCUGGCCUGAGAGAAGACCUAGUCUAAGUUGGUCUAAUUUGGAGCCAAGUUUAGGUGAAGCCCCCAUGCUGGAGCUGGUCUGAGAGGGUCUUCCUGGACCUGGUUUAGAGGGUCAGGAUGAGACCACCUCUCCUGCUGACUGCUGUCUUACUGGCCCUAUGGACCGUUGCCCUGGUGACUGGAGACUACACUUACACAGAUACACACCAAGACAGAGCUGAUGACAGCAACACAGACGGACACAGAGACACCCAAUCAGACUCAGGUAUAGACAUGCCUCCAAAAGACAUCCUUCCGGAAACACAGACAGAUUCCCACAGGGACACACAGACAGACAUACAUGAUCCAUAUGAUCAACAUCCGGACACAAACCCAGACUCACACCCAAACUCCCAUCCGGACGUACACGAACACCCAGACAGCCAUCGUAUCAGCAGUGGUCUGAUGCAGUGUGGGGAGUACAGUAACGAGGUGUUGCCUAACGGUCAAUGUCGAGUCACAGCCACGCUGCCUCAGCUCCAACACCAGCGCUGCCCAGACAUGUUCCGCUGCACUGACGAAGUGUCCUACUGGCUGCAGGAGAACCAGGAGAGGAAGCAGCAGUUGCAGGAUCUCCAGGAGACCAUCUCCCAGCUACAGGAGGAACUCCGUAGUCACAGGCACCGAAUCAAGGUCCUGGAGCUACAGGGUGAGGAGAGGAACAACGUGAACGAGUCUUUAGAGGAGCGUUUCAGAGUGUUGGAGCUACAGUACGCUGAGGCUGACAGCCUGCUGCACACCCAUAGUUCCAUCCUGUUUGAUCUGCAGACUCAGGUCCGGAACCUAACCAUGACGGUGGAACGAAUUAAACGUAACCCCGGCUGCAUGAUCAACAUUGUCAGGACCAGUCCUCUGCUCAGCGCCCAGGAGGCCCUUCACCCAGAGGUGCAGCAUGUGAGAAACUGUCCAAUAGACUGUGCAUCACUGUACUAUAACGGGGUGUAUCGGUCCGGUGUCUACACAGUGGUUCCCUCUCUGAGCUCCCAUCCUGUAGAAGUCUACUGUGACAUGGACACAGAGGGUGGUGGUUGGACGGUGUUUCAGCGGCGUCAGGAUGGGAAGGUGAACUUCAAUAGAGGCUGGCAAGACUAUAAGGAGGGUUUUGGAGAGCUCAGGUCUGAGUACUGGCUGGGGAAUGAACACAUUCACCACCUGUCCACCCAGGGAGACUACAGUCUCAGGAUAGACCUGGAGGACUGGACACAUCACCACAAACAUGCCUUCUACCAGAGCUUCAGUAUUGAAGAUGAGGAGAAUCACUACCGCCUGCAUGUGUCAGGCUACAGUGGGACAGUAGAAGACUCGUUCAGCUGGUACCAUGAUAAACAGGACUUCAGUACUCCAGACACGGGGGAUAUCUGUGCUGAGAUCUCACACGCUGGCUGGUGGUACCACCAGUGUUUCUAUGCCAAUCUCAAUGGAGUCUACUACAAGGGCGGGCGGUACUCAUCUAAAGCCAAGACUCUGCUGGGUCCUGAUGGUGUAGUAUGGUACAGCUGGAAAGAUUCAGACUACUACUCUCUCAGGAAGACCUCUAUGAUGAUACGACCUAGAACCUUCAGACCACGCCUGUCACCGUGACGACAGCCGCGACCGACACACCGUCGGACCGUGGGAGACCUGCUGAGGUCGCUUCUGACGUCACCGUGGGAUGGGACGUAGGAUUGUCGUGAUGUUACAGGAAGAGGUCGAAGAAGGAUUAAGGCCAUUGGCUGAGGGCUCAUGAGAGAAGUCCCAUCCCUACCAGUGGGCCAAGAGGACUGGAGAAGACACGAGGAGAACGCUGCAAUGGGAUUGUGUCCAACUGUUCAUGGAGUCUAAGAGAGAGUGUAUGUGCUUUCUUUCUACUUUUGAAAUACUGUUCCCAGGAGCCCUCAGACAAACUGUCCUGCUCUUCCACUGGAGGGCCUUACACAAACUGUCCUGCUCUUCCACUGGAGGGCCAUACACAAACUGUCCUGCUCUUCUACUGGAGGGCCUUACACAAACGUUCCUGCUCUUCCACUGGAGGGCCUUACACAAACUGUCCUGCUCUUCCACUGGAGGGCCUUACACAAACUGUCCUGCUCUUCCACUGGAGGGCCUUACACAAACUGUCCUGCUCUUCCACUGGAGAGAUUUACAACACUGGAAAUACAUACGUACUGUACAUUCUGCCCUGCUAUUCCUCUGUCUAUACUGUGAAUACUUACUGUGAAUGUCAGUUUCUGUCAACUGUCUUGUUACUGCUUCAUUCGCUAUGAGAUCUGCAGUCGUGAUAAAGUAAGUACACCCUCAUAUUUGGACACAUGAAUAUUUGAGCUAAAUUCAAACCACAUUCAUUGAUAAAGGUAACCCAAUUGAACAAAUCACCCCACCCAAAAAAUGUAUUACAAAAAUGUUAUGCAAUUAAAAUAAAUUAUAUUUUCUUAUGUG